AUGAUUGAUAACAAGGACGAAUAUAAAUGGGAUGGCUACGAUCACAUGAUGAGCUCAAAGCCAAACAUGGGCAAGCCAGACCCAAAGGCUAGCAUCUUUGAUCUCAACAAUAUGCGCGACUCUGUACUCUUUGAGAAGGAUAGGUUCUCAUUCUGUCUAUCUCCACCCAAAGACCCAAGCAAGUACAAGACCUUCAGUCAGCCACAGUCAAAGUCACAUGCACAGCCAAUGCCAAUGGGUGGUGCUAGAGUACAGCAGCAGCAACAACAGAAGGAGAAUAUUCCAAUUAAUAGCAAUCAGAGAAUGGCACCACCAAUGGCUAUGACCAAGCAACAGAUGGUCUCUCAGCCAAUGCCCAUCAACGCCGUCAAGAAAGUGACCACUCAGCCAAUCACAAUCCCAUCACAACAGACACAACAGCAGCAACCACAGCAGCAACAAAAGGUCACAAGUCCAAUGUAUCAAUCGCCCGUCAAGACUAACACAUUGACCAAAGUGCCGUCAUCCCCAAUCAAGUCCACCACAAUGAAGACUCAGCCACAAUCACCUCAAAAGCCAUCGAUGAUGAAGAAGGAGACGGUCCAAUCACUCUCUGAUGUGAACUUGGAUAAUAUGUACCUUACCAAUAAUGUAGACUAUAACAUGAGUGUUAAUGGCGUCGUCGCCGCACCAUUGCCAAACAACCGCCCAGUGCCAAUGUUUGGUUCGCGUCCCGCCACACCAACCCAGCAACUGCCCAACGUCCCAUCAAUCACGACUCAGCCUCUGAUGGUUGGUUCGGCCCCCACCCGUCCAGGCAUGCUAUCGCGUCCCGCCACACCAACCCAGCAACUGACCAACAUCCAGUCGCCGCCCCAACAGUCCGCCCCAAGCUUGAACAAGCGUCCUGUCACACCCACCAAGAUGGAGCCACUCGCGUUGCCCGUGGCCACCAAGCCAUCAGCCACCCAGAAGGAGGCCGACUCAAUCAGCAUUGUGGCCGAGGCCAAGCUCGAGUCGAGGAUCAAGAACCUCGAGAUGGAGAACCGUGUCCUGAAGCAACAGAUGCAGGAGAAGGACCGAUCGAUGGAGCAACUGCACGAUCGCAUUGAGGACCUUGAGUCGCAGGUCAAGAACUUCAUGGAGGAGAUCAAGUUGUUCCUGCUCAACAACAUCGAGGAGAAGUAG